AUGGUCCUUGGCUGGACAAAGACCUUAGGGUUUUUAGCCUUGGCACAGGGCAAACCAGAAGUGACCCUGUUUCCACCGUUUAAACGUGUUUAUGUGGGAGAUGAAAUCCAGUUAAACUGUAAAGGCGCCAGCGGCCCAGUUAAAUGGUACAUCAGUGAUAAAGAGCAGAGCGGGGCGGGGCCAGUCCUUCAUAUUCCCAUGGCAACGCUCGCCAAUUCUGGCAGCUACGUCUGUGAAAAUGGGGAGAGGAGUGGAGUGAAAGAUCUCACUGUCCUGGACUCCCUUCCUCCAGCCUCUCUCUCCAUUAAGAUGGGUUUCCCGGUGAUGAGUGGUGGAGAUGGUGUGGUUGUGGAGCUGACGGUGGAUGAUGGUCUGGCCGACUGGUGGUGUGUGAUAGCACGAGGAACUGAUCCUAAAAACAUAACAGUAAACCGGUCCAACAGAGACAUGUUCACGGACGAUCAUUACACAGUCACACUCCACUUCGAUCUGAACCACGCUGACCGGGCCAUGGUGUGGUGUGUGAAAAAGUCAACAACAAAACGCAGCAACGCAAUAACCCUAAGAAAAACAGGAGAGACGGUCGCGUUGCGCUGUGUGGUUUACGGAAUCAGACAAACUGAUCAGGUGACGUUUUAUAAGAACAAUAACGAGCUUGUCACGAGUAAAGAUCCAAAGUUCACUAUCUCCAACGUGACCCAGGGGAAUGAGGGUGACUACAGCUGCAAAGUUGACUACACCAACAAAUCUGACCCUCAGCCUCUUCGAGUUAUAGUAUCGAGUAAUCAGCUGACCUGUUCAUGCCCCUGGUGUCCAGAGAAAGUCCAGUUCCACUGGUAUGAGCAUGGAGAAAAACUCCCGUCCAGUCCGCCAGGCAAGACCAUGACAGUCACAGAUGAGAAAAAAGAAUACACAUGUCGAGCAGUUUGGGACGAUGGAAUGUCUCUCAUGAGUCAAUAUAGUGCAGCUGGCUUGGGACCAGAGCGUGGAUUUAACAUUAUGGUGCUGGCCGUUGUUCUGCUGAUCUUGGGCUGA